GUAGAUGUCGCUGUGAACAAAAGCAAUACGGAGAUUUACUGCCGAAGAAACAACAAACACUGGAAUAUAAACUGAGUUUAUUAUAAAGUUUUAUUCUGUUUCCAGCAGUAAUCUGCCGUGCGUCUUUGCUGAAAAGAAAUGUCUCUAGUCAAGCAGAAUCUUCACCCGAAUAAUGAGGCAAACAUCAACAAACUGAUAAACCUCAAGCUGACGGCCUCAUAUGUGUAUCUCUCCCUGGGAAUGUAUUUUGACAGAGAUGAUGUGGCUCUGCCCAACUUCUCAAAGUUUUUCCUGGAGCGUUCACUGAAGGAGAGGGAUCAGGUGGAGCACCUUCUGGAGUAUCAAAACACAAGAGGAGGACGAAUUGUUCUCCAGACCAUUGUGAAGCCCAGUCGUGAUGACUGGAAAGGGGGUAUGGAUGCAAUCAUGUUUUCUCUGGAUCAUCAAAAGUCUCUUAACCGAUCCCUUUUGGAGAUCCACAAAGCAGCUGGAGACAACUCUGACCCUCAUCUCUGUGAUUUCCUAGAGAACAAAUUCUUUACUGACAGUCAUGACACUAUUAAGACGCUGGGUGACUACGCUGGCAGCCUGAGUCGCCUCAUCUCUUCUGACCCGCACGGCAAAAUGGGAGAGUACCUGUUCGACAAGCACACUCUCUGAACCACUCCGAUUUGAUGAGUUUUGUUGCCAACAUUCCGUUAAUCAAUAUGUGCACUGGUGAAUGAGAUUAAGGAUUUUCUGCACAUUUCCAUUUUUACCUUUCAAGAGAUAGUUUGGUAAGAACAAACCAGUGUUUUGACACCACAUUUUGAAGUUUGUUUAAAUCACGUAAAAGUGGGCCUCUACUGUGAAGUGUGGUAAUCCAAAUAUGGUACCCUUGCAUUCAAGCCUUAACUACUCCGUGUCUGUUUACAGAAUUGUAUAGAUGAUAGAGCCAUAUCUUGCCAAAAACCAUCCUAUAAGCUCCUGUAAGUUCUUUAGGACGGGUACAGUGUGUCAGCGAAACGAGAGCCUAUAUUUAUGUAUUGUACUCCAAAAACUUACCUCAAACUCAAUGUCAAUAUAGCAAUAACAAUAAAUCAAGUAUUUC